AUGAAUCCCUUCUUUAUCCUUUUGCUCAUUGCAUUCCUGAGUUUCAACCAAACCCUAGCCAGACAGAGGCCAAUUAGCACUACAUCCCUAGUACUUGGUAUGAGGCAUUCUAGGAGCUCCAUUAGAAGUCCAGUAUCCUCCUCUAACUCGAAGAAGAUACCAUCACAAGUCUUGGACUUGAUGGAGCCACUGAGGGAAGUGAGAGAUGGGUAUCUGAUAUCUCUCAAUUUGGGGACACCCCCACAAGUCAUUCAAGUUUAUAUGGACACUGGUAGUGACCUUACUUGGGUUCCUUGUGGAAAUCUCUCUUUUAGCUGCAUGGAUUGUGACGACUAUAGAAACACUAUACUAAACCCUACUUUCUCUCCUUCAGCUUCUUCUUCAUCAGUUAGAGACCUAUGUGGUAGCCCCUUUUGCACUGAUAUCCAUAGCUCCGAUAACCCUCUCGAUCCAUGCACCAUUGCCGGUUGCUCACUCAGUACCCUGAUUAAGGGAACUUGUCCUAGACCAUGCCCUUCGUUUGCUUAUACAUAUGGUGCGGGUGGGGUUGUCGUAGGAACCCUUAGUAGAGAUACACUUAGGGUUCAUGGAACUAGUAGUAGCCCAAGCAAUGUCACUAGUGAAAUUCCCAGUUUCUGUUUUGGGUGCAUUGGUUCUACUUUUAGAGAACCAAUUGGGAUUGCAGGGUUUGGUCGGGGACCGCUUUCCCUCCCAUCACAACUAGGGUUCCUACAGAAGGGCUUCUCUCACUGUUUCUUGGCCUUCAAGUACAUGAACAAUCCCAACAUUUCAAGCCCUCUUGUUAUAGGAGAUGUUGCUAUUUCUUCUAAACAAAAUUUGCAAUUCACUCCGAUGUUGAAGAGUCCCAUUUACCCGAAUAACUACUAUAUUGGUUUGGAAGCUAUCACGAUAGGUAACAAUAGUAUUACACAAGUGCCCUUAAGCUUGAGAGAGUUUGAUUCACAAGGUAAUGGGGGCAUGUUGAUUGACUCAGGAACCACUUAUACUCAUCUCCCUGAGCCAUUUUACUCAGACGUUCUUUCAGUUCUCCAGUCAUUGAUAACAUAUCCUAGAGCCAAGGAGAUGGAGAUGAAGACUUCUUUUGAUCUUUGUUAUAAAGUUCCAUACACAACCAAUGCUUUCACAGAUGAACUCUUUCCUUCAAUCACUUUCCAUUUCUUGAACAAUGUAAGCCUUGGUUUGCCUCAAGGCAAUCACUUCUAUGCUAUGGGAGCUCCAAUCAACUCCACUGUGGUGAAAUGCUUGUUGUUCCAAACCAUGGAUGAUGGCGAUUAUGGGCCGGCCGGAGUGUUUGGGAGCUUCCAGCAACAAAAUGUGGAGGUCGUGUAUGACUUGCAGAAGGAUAGAAUUGGGUUUCAAGCAAUGGACUGUGCUUCAGCUGCAGCCUCUCAAGGACUUCACAAAAGAUAG